CGACACAAAGUUGUGCUCCUCAUUUUUUGAAGUCGUGGUCUGAAAUGAAUCCAUCGUUUCGCGUAGAUUUUAUUACCGCCUUCAACGAAAUUCCCAGCCUAUUCGAACUGGGCGCGAUGAAAGCUGUUUGCAAUUGGCAAUUUCAAAAUUAGAUACUUUCUUGACGAUUUCUUAGUAAGUUUCCAACUGGAUCCAGAAGGCUACACGGCAAUAGAGAUUUUCCUCAUCGUUUCUGCUCUGCGCCUGGUCGGCGAUGGAUGCUAUAACAACUACCCUGCUUUCUCUGCAAUCCAUAUUCCAAUCCUUUCUCCCUAUUGCAAUUCCUGCUACAAAAGCUUACUUAAAUGGCGGAAUUCCAAGAUUUCCUUCCAAUUAUGGCCGAGAAAUUGGGCGGAGCCGGUUUAAUGGCAGAGCUCUGUAAAGGGUUUCGUUCACUGGCUGAUCCGCAACGGGGUUUGAUCACCGUCGAAAGUCUGAGGAAAAAUUCUGCUAUUUUAGGGGUUGAAUCUUUGACAGAUUCAGAAAUAGAACCGAUGGUGCAGGAGGGGGAUUUGGACGGCGAUGGAGCUCUGAAUGAGCACGAAUUUUGCGUUCUGGUGGUUCGGCUCAGCCCUUCUUUCAUGGCGGAGGCCGACAAAUGGCUGCAGAAAGCCCUAGUCGAGGAAUUGGAAGAAACGCUGAAAGAUUUGUAAUUACAUCGAUCUUGAAAGAUUUGUAAUUACAUCGAUCUUGUAGAUUGUGUUUAAAUUCAUUUUUUCUUAAUACAGAGUAUACCGUGCUUAACGCCUCUGAAAUACUACUGGUACAGAAUAAAAUUCGGAUGCAA